AUGGGAUCAUACAUCAGCGCAGAGGCGCCCGCUCAGGCGGCUGCCGAUGGCGAGACGAAGGAGAUGCAGGAAUUCCUCAGCGUGCUGCCGUCGCAUCAUCUCGAGCCGCUGUGGUCGCAGAUGAACGUCAUGGUGCCGCCGAGCCCGAACCCCACGGCCAAAGCGCACAUGUGGAAGUACGCCGAGGCGCUGCCGCAGCUACAAAAAGCCGGCGCGCUCGUGCCGGAGAGAAGGCCGAGAGAGGGUGCUGAUGCUGGGUCAACCCGAGCAUGCCUCGUCAACCCGGGCGAGACGGCGCCGGCGCACCGCCACCUCGCGUUCGCGUGCCGCUUCAUCAUUGACGGCGAGGGCUUCACGGCUGUCGAGGGCAAGAAGAUGCCCCUCGUCCGCGGCGACGUGGUCACGACGCCCAUCUGGCACUGGCACGACCAUGGCAACGAGAGCAGGGAGCCUGUGAUCUGGCUCGACAUGCUGAACUUGCCGCUGUUUCGCUUCGCGCCUGUCCACUUUGCCGAGGGCUACGCCGACCCGCGGUACCCCAGCACACCCUGCGACCCCUGCGAAUGGCGCCACCCCUGGGCGCCCGUGGAAGAGGCCCUCAACGCCGCCGCCGGCCCCCACGCCGUGCACCACUACCGCAACGCCGACGGCAGGCCCCUGUCCACGACCCUCGGCGUGCAGGCCGAGCGCCUGGCGCCCGGUGCGGAGGUCGAGUCCCGCGACAGCUGCUCGUACAUCUACCACUGCUACGAGGGCACGGGGCGCACGGAGGUCGAGACGCCGGCGGGCGAGAAGAGCGUGUUCCGGUGGACGGCGCGCGACACGUUUGCCGUCCCGGCGUGGUCAUCGGUGAGGCACGUCAACGAGUCGCGGGACGAGAGGGCGUACCUCGUCGCGUGCCACGACGGUCCGUUUUUGGACAUUUUGGGGCUGAGGAGGCCGAGCAGCUGA